AAUAAUGGUAGAUAUUUGUUAAAUUUAUCAUUUUCAGUUCAUCGAGUCAAUGCCUCAUUCGGUAUGAAAAGAAAAGAACUCGAAGAGUUACAGCAAAAAGUCAUAUUCAAGGUAAUGUUCCCAAAGAUGGUUGAAAACAAAGAGUUUCUUGAUUGGUUGGUCGCCCAGAAGUUCGAUCUCGCAUUUUCUCAUAUUUACGAUGUCUGCCAUAUAGGGCUGAUCCACUAUGCCAAAAUCCCUUCAUGGAUAUGGCUGAACAGCGGCGGUUUGAUGGAUUUUGUCGCCUAUCAUCUGGGUGUACCCACAGUACCCAGCUAUGUUCCACCCCUUAUUAUGGAAAGCACUGAUGAAAUGGAUUUCGUGCAGAGAAUGAAAAGUUUCAUUGGACACUCGAUCACAAUGAUCUCUGACCCAGAAACGGAAAUCUUCCGCGAACUUGUCGAUCCGAACUUUCCUGACAUCGUCGACAUUGCCAAGAUGUGCCCAUUGGUGAUGGUGAACUCGAACGAACUGUACGAGUUAACUCGGCCAAGUCUCGCCAAAGUUAUCAAUAUUGGAGGUGUGGGCAUCCAGAUGAAAGAUGCCAAGCCACUGAGCAAGGAAUUCCAAGAAGUUGUUGACAAUUGUGAAGGUCUUGUGGUAUUUUCGUUCGGCUCAGUGACUCCAAGUCAUCGAAUGCCAGCUGAAUGGAAAAAAGCAUUUUUGGAGGCAUUUUCUCGCUUUCCAAAACUCAACUUCGUGCUCAGAUAUGAAGGAACCGACUUGAAUGAUCAGCUCCCGAAAAACGUAUAUUUAUUCAAAUGGUUACCUCAAGCUGACCUUCUCAGGCAUCCCAAGACAGUGGCCUUCAUAUCACAUGGAGGCUAUAACAGCCUGCAGGAAGUCAUCACAGCCGGCGUUCCACUGAUAACGGUAGCUCUGUUUGGGGAUCAGCCUCGAAACGCCAAGCUGGCAGAAAGGCAUCGCUUUGCUAUCAACAUAAGAAAAGGCGAUCUUAGUGCUGACACCGUAGCCGAAGCAUUACAACGACUUAUGACCGAUAAGAGUUACUCAAAAAACGUUAAACGGUUGUCGGAAAUGGUGAAGAGGAAGCCUGUGAGCCCGGAUCAUCUUCUCGUGGCAUGGGCGGAAUUCGUGGCUGAAUUUAAGACUUUAGAAAACCUUGUGCCUGCUGGUACAAAACUCAAUUUUAUUCAGUACCAUUCACUUGACGUUAUUGUAUUUUUGUUAACCAUUUUGACCGUAGUCCUUUUUGUUUUAUGGAAACUGUUGAAAUUUAUUUUAUUGAAAUUAUACGCUUUAUUAUUUCGAGCUACGAAAGAAAAACAAAUGUAA